GGACUGCAGCUACUGGCCAACAUCCAGCCGGUUGUCGAGCAGAUGCAGCAGCUGGUGGCAUCCAAUCAGAUCGGCAGCAACAGCCAGCUGGAGGAGGGACUCAAGCAGGUGUACCAGUCGGUGGUCCACGUCCAACGCAUGCUAGGCGUCUUCGAGAAUUUCGGGGAAUCCAUCGACUCGAUUGCCGAUCAGUUGACCGCGAUGCAGCUCGAGACAACGUCGAUGCAUCAGGCAGUCGACCACAUGCUGAAUCUUUUAGUGCAGGUAGCAUCUUCUGUCACCGCAAUGGCGCAUGCGAUGAAUCAGCACGCAAUGGCCAGCUCCAGCAGCGGGAGCGGCUGGCAGAGUGGAGAUCCGUGGACUCCCACGGCACCAGCCUGGACGGCGCCUCUAGCGCAGCCGCCGGCCAAGAUGCCGCCUGCCAAGCCGUUCCCAGCUCAG